AUGGAAGACACCCUACCAUGCACAAUCCUUUCCUUUGUCAUCCUCUUAUUUGCUUUCAAAUUCUUGCUCAGAACUAAAACUCCCUACAAAAACCUCCCACCAAGUCCACCUUCUCUCCCAAUUGUUGGCCACCUCCAUCUCUUGAAACCUCCAAUCCAUCAAACUUACCACCGCCUGUCGCAAAAAUACGGCCCCAUUUUCUCUCUCUGGUUUGGUUCUCGUCGUGUGGUUAUAGUAUCAUCGCCUUCGGCUGUACGCGACUGCUUUACCAAGAACGACAUCGUCCUUGCCAAUCGUCCUCACCUCCUCAUAACCAAACACCUUGCAUACAACAACACGACCAUGGUUGCAGCCUCAUACGGUGAUCACUGGCGCAACCUCCGCCGCAUUAGCUCCACAGAUAUCUUCUCGUCAAGCCGUCUCAACAUCUUUAUAGGAAUUAGAAAGGAUGAAGUCAAGCGGUUGCUGUGUAAGCUUUCGCAAAACUCAGUAAAAGAUUUUGAAAGGGUUGAGAUGAGAUCUUUGCUUUCGGAGCUGGCCUUCAACAUCAUAAUGAGGAUGGUUGCCGGGAAGCGAUACUACGGUGACAAGGUGACGAAUGAGGAAGAAGCUUGCCAAUUUAGAGACAUAAUUAAGGAGAUGGUUUCUUAUGCGGUAUCAAAUAUUCCAGGAGACUUCUUGCCCUUCUUCAAUUGGAUCGGAUGCAAUGGUAGUUAUGAAAGCAGGAUACAGAAUCUUGGUAAUAGGAUGGACCGGUUCAUGCAAGGCUUGGUUGACGAGCAUCGGAAAAGGAAAGAGAGCGGAAACACCAUGAUUGAUCAUUUACUUUCUUUGCAAAAAUCGCAGCCUGAAUACUACACUGACCAAAUUAUCAAAGGCCUCGUACAGGUAUUGUUAUUGGCUGGGACGGACACAUCAUCAGUGACAAUAGAAUGGGCUUUGGCCAAUCUAUUAAAUCAUCCCCAUAUCUUGAAGAAAGCUAGACUUGAACUUGAUGAACGUGUUGGGCAACAACGUUUGGUGGACGAACAAGAUCUUCCCAAACUACCAUACCUCCAAAAUAUCAUCUCCGAAACCCUUCGGUUGCACCCAGCAGCGCCAAACCUUGUGCCACAUUUCUCUUCCGCCGAUUGCCAAGUUGGCGGAUAUGACGUGCCGCAGGGUACCAUUGUAUUGAUUAAUGCAUGGGCGAUACACAGAGAUCCUAGUAUGUGGGAUGAUCCAGAUAGUUUUAAACCUGAGAGAUUUGAAGUGGAUAAAGAUGGACAUGAUGAGAUGCCGUACAAGCUACUGCCAUAUGGCAUUGGAAGGAGGUCAUGUCCUGGAGCUGGGCUUGCCCAACGUAUAAUGGGUUUAACAUUGGGCUCUUUGAUUCAGGGCUUAGAGUGGGAGAAAGUAAGCGACGAGAAAAUUGAUAUGGCCGAAGGCGAAGGUAUGACUAUGCCCAAAGCUGUUCCGUUGGAGGUCAUGUGUAAAGCACGUCCUAUCAUGAGCAAUGUUCUCUUGGAGUCUUGGGAUCAAAUUUAA